AUGUCUCAACCUUUGCUCUCAAAGGGUACAGCUCGUGUUAUUCGAAACCGAGGCGAAACUUCUCACUCAGCCGCUGCACCACCAACAACUCGGAUGGGUUCCAAAAAGAGGAAGAAUGAUGAAGCCUCGGAAGAAUCGUCAACCGAAAACCCCGCUACGGAACCUCCUCAAGGUACAGGCUCACGCCGAAAUCGAUUGCUUGAGUUGCUUUCUCGCCACGAGAUAAAGAAAAAACCGCGAUUGGCCAGGGGACCCACCGAAGUUUCUGGAAAACGGCGAGGGUCUGGGGUGAAGAAACCACGAACUCCGGUCCAAAGCGCCCCCCAAACUGCUCCUUGCAUGGAACCGCCAGCUACAACAAACAACCAGGUAGACUAUGCUCGGUACAGCAAUCCAGAUCUGAUUGAUUUGAUUCAUCAGGUGGGGAUAGACGCUUGCAAUCUCAAUAGGACUCAGCUGAUUGAUACAUGUUGGACGCAUCACAAAUUAAUUGUUGUACCCAAGCAUGCUUUUGAUUUCAAGAUGGAUAAAAAUGUACAAUCGACCCCUGAAAGUACAUCUUGGCUUGUCGUUGUUGAACCUGAUGAGGUUAUACUUAACCCAGAUUUGGGUUCUAGUGUUGCAAACAUCACUCAGGCUGGGCCUUUGUCGUCAAUUAUCACCAACCAUUGUGUGUUUGAUUCCACCUUUUACGAAAUGCCGGACGCUGGGCCUUCAUUGUUGAGCGGUUUGAUUGAUGAAGUCGUGGAUUCCGAUGCUCCAAACAUGACAGAGGCUGGGCCUUUGUCAUCAGUUGCUGUUGAUAAUGAAGGUACAUACAGAUUCACCUUUUGUUUCACACAAUCCACAACUGAAUCGAAUCAUCCUUUAGCCAAUAAUGAUUCUCUGAAGAAAGUUUCUGCGCCACCAAAGCCCAGGAAGAAGAGUAAAACACGGAAGGUCUCUAUUUCAGAUGGGGCGCGUGCAGAAGAGGAGACUGAAGCCAUAGAAGGUGGGAAAUCCUUACAUCCAAACAUCGAAAAAAAUACACCGCCUCAAACUCGAAGACGUACAAGGUUAGCUAAACUGAGACCUUCCCCUCCGCGGGGUAGCAAAGGGAAGGGUAAGGCAAAGGCAACGUCGCCCAAUGGUUCAGAAGAUUCAUUCAAUGCAAACAACUUGGACGAUUCAAAUGAUUCGGACUUCAAUGUAACACACCAGGAUGACAGUCCGUCUGAUCAAGAUGAUAGUCAGUCUGAUCAUGUUGCAGUUUCACCUUUCAAAGGACGCUCUGGCCGAGGUCGAGGAAUUCUGGAAUCUGUAGUCUCUAAGCCCGAUGACCACAUGUCUGAAUGUGAUGCAUCAGCUACCACAUCUCCAUUGGAUCGGAUCGGUAUACAAAGCGAAGAGCCUGAUGUUGCUGGUAAGGGAUCUGCGGAGACCAGACAUACAGAAGACAGCUGGAUUGUCAAAACCAUAUGUUAUUGUCUUGUAUCUGGAAAGCCAUUGAAAAAUGAUCCAACUCAUUUUACGCCAGACAAAUUACAAGACCAACUCUCAAGGACGGACAAAAAACUUGAUGCACUCGCCGUCGAGUUCAAUUUAUUUUUGGAUGUUUUUCAAAGAGGUGUCAGUAAAAGCCCUCAGACUCGGUGCGCAAAGAAGACGCGCGGUGGACAGACUGCAGCUCGUAUUAGGUUUCAUAUCGAGACAUUGUUUGGGCAAAAAGGAAACCACAAGUUGCUUCCAAACGGAGCAACUGAAAUUGAGAAACAGGCUUGGAUGCGUGACACAAAUCCAAACAAUCUCCAGUCCCUGACCAAACGGUACCAGAACAAGAAUUGGGAAGAAGAACGUCGAAAAAGGACUUCUGAUGAAAUUCGCCGAAGUGCAAGGCUUAGAUAUCUGCGGCAGAUACGCGAGACCUACAUACUUACCAACCCCGAGCUUUGGCGACUUGCAAAUGUUGUGCCGCCGGCAUGCAGUGACGAUGAGACCGACCUCGAGCAAAUCUCAACACCUAGCCAGCAGGGCCCGGUUAUACCCUGUGUGAUACGAAGCGUUGAAUGGCGAAGCAACAAUCUCAAGACAAUAUGUAUGUUACUUGAUCUUGCUAAAUCAAAGGUUGAUUCAAGUAAACCACGCAAGAAGGGUGCAUCACCAAGGCAAAGUGGCCGGCCAAACCGUCCUCGGUAUCGCUGCAUAGGUGGACCACAAAGUCAGGUACCUGCACCAAGUGGCCUUCCGGUAGACUGCUAUUCUUCGACUUGGCUCCAGAAACUUUCUCCCCUGGAAAGAACCCAGCUAGAAGUCAAUCCUGUACCUAUUCUGGAUGAACUGCUUCCUCUCGUCGAAAAACUUUGA